AUGGCUUUCAAGACGUUCAAAUACAAGCUAUAUUCGAAGGGCUAUCACUCUGCGGCGCAGAAGCCCGCAACGUCCUUCUUUGACAGCUCAUAUCAAUAUCUGAAACAAAACCAGGGUCUGGUUAGCCUGGAUACGGCGAUUUCUCAACCGUUCAAUGGUUACUUGAAUCCGCAUCCGGUGGUGGUUGCCGGCGUGAACUACACGAAUGUACAGGAAGUACUGGAGUUAGCAGAUGAAGAAGGCAACCGCUUGCGUGAGGAAACAGAGGAGGCGCCAGCUGGGACACUGACUGCUCGGCCGCGGGCGCUAAUCCGCCGAAAUUCCGACUCGUUUCAGUUCCUAACGUUACCAGGCCUGCAGAAGUCGGACUUCAAUCCGCGAUAUUCACAGUGCUUCUACACCAGCGCUGCAGCGCCGGGCGACGCAGAGGGCUUGCACACGGCUGCUGAACCUCAGCCAGAUGUAAGGUUCCAGGAAGACCUGCCCCCAUGGCAGUUAGAUAGAGAGCCGUGUCUCAACGAGAAAACCUUUCUUGCCACAAGCAUCAAAGAGAUUAAAACGUGCAUGGAAAAUGAGGAUUAUAAUAAGGUCAACUGUAUUUACCAAGCACUAAAGAGGAAUGGUAUCGUACCACCCGUGAACACUUUCGAACAAGUGUUGUGCGCUAUCAAAUUGCGUGAUAUGGAUGCAGAUGAUCCGGAGGGCAAAAUGGUGCAAUUAUUAAAUUGCUACCAAGACCUUGUCUCAAACAAGCUGAAACCCACAACUGAGAUUUACACGAUAGUGAUCGGCAGUUUACUAGAACGCGCGGCUACUACCAAGGUCCUCAAGGAGGGGCUGGGCGAGGACUUUUUUAAAAUCGCGUUAGACCUAUUUUUUGCAUCUAACUACACGCAUACUCGUGGAUUUAACCAAGAAUUGCUCGAUCGCAUCCUAUUGGGUGCCAAUCUGUAUCCGGGACAUAUAAAAUACAGCAUGCUAACAUCCCUCGUUAAUGAUUCACUGGAGUAUGAAAAGACUGAGUUUUAUUACAUUUCCAUGAUCAACUACGCACGCGAAUGCAAAGAUGCUACGCGUCUGAAGGCUUUGUAUGAUGAAUUCCGCGAGGCGACUAAAUCUAACGACAGGCUUCGUACUUAUCAGUAUGAGGUGUAUAGCAUGGUGGUAGCUGGGCUUGUCAGCUUAGAUUCCCUGGAAGUUGCUGUGAAGCUGCUUGAUCGCCUUCUCACGCAAAUUCGCUCAACAGAUGGUCUUGAUUCCUGUCAGACGCUGGUUCUGUCCAACUUCCUGUUGGCCGUCGCAAGGAACAACCCCAAGACAGCAUACAAACUCUGGACGCAAUUUCAACAGCAUUCCUGGGUACCCGAAUUUUCCUACGAAUUUUACCUUGCGAUGCUUGAAAGCAGUAUUGAGGAUAUGGAUGUCGCAAGGAAUGUAUACAUGUACCUUUAUGGUAUGAAGCCUGACUUCCGGAAAGACCCAGCUUCGUUCAAAGAAUAUUUGCUCUAUCCUAGGAAUAAAGGGCAUGUGCUAAGUGCUCUCCUGCAUCAGUCUAUGCAGCAUUCUGAUAAAGAACUUAUAAACAGACUUCUUGAAGAAUCGAUAUGCAAAAGGCUACCAUUCAAGAUCGAUUUAUAUGGCCCAAUUUUUGCGUACCUCAAAAGCAUCGAGAUACCACCCACGUAUCUCUUACGAUUUAUUGAAUGCCAUGGCACGCUACUAACAUCGCUUACUGGUAGCGAGCAAUUUAUUUUUCUGCAAGCAUUAGUCACAUACUUUUCUUCUUAUGAUUUGUUGAAGAGUGUCACUGAGAUGUCAUUUUUCCGGGAUGUCUGUGCUUCUUUCGAUAUUACAGUUAGCGAUACGAUCCCUUAUAAUGGCCUAGCUGCUUGUUUCGAGGCGCUUUGGAAGGCCCCUCAAAAGAUUGAGCACUAUGGUAAUGUUCUAGAGUUGCAUGCAUUACUGAUUACUCGCAUUUAUGAUCCUGCGUUGUCUCAGUAUAAAAUAUCCGCCCCUGUUGUCCAGGAGCUGAAAAGCAAAGUAACCGAAAGAUUCCAGAAGUUGGCAAGCAAUUUUAGACGUUUGCACCUGGACUCAACUAGGUGUCCUGCAGAAGUUUCGCAAGCAGUGAAGAUAGUGCGUCUCCCGACUGAAACGCAGAACUAUUUUACUAACCCUGGUGACUGGGACAAGACUUAUCCAUUGAGCCUGUCCAUUCUUCUUUCAGUCGAUCUGCAUGCAGGAAUCAGAGAGUUUAGUCGUCUACUGAAAGAUGGUUAUUGUUUUGACUUUGAAACUUACAAAUCUUUGAUCCACUACCGAUACGUCGAUGAUCAUGUUGUUUCAAAAUCACUAGAAUUAUGUCCAUCCAAUAAGAGUUCAAAAGAGGAGUUAUGCGACCUACUCGUAACCUGUACGCCUGCCCGUGCUUUAAAUGAGCUGAUUUUGUCUAAUCCUUCUUUCCAAUCGGAAAUUAGGCCAUAUCUUUCAGAUUCAUCUCUUCUUGAGAUUUUGAGACAUUGCGCGGAUAUUGAUUUCUUCAUUACGUCGGUAGGGUUUCCUGAGAAUUUUAAGAGUAUUGCUGCAGCCGCAGAAUUUAGGAGAACAAUUGAGUACCUGUAUGUUCGUCUUCUGAAGUCUAAAAGGUACACUGAAAUCAUCAGUUUUAACAAGAUUACGUCCGUUCUUGACCUUACGGUUCUUAUGAAGGCUUGCAUUAGAACAGGUGCUUACGAAGCUUACCUUAACCUCAAGAAACAAUUUGGGCGCGAGUAUAAAGCUGAACUGGUUGCAAUCCACGCAGAAUAUCUGGUUAACAUAUUCAAAUUCGAUGAGGCGGUAGCGCUAGUUGAAAACGCGGCUGUUAAAACCACCGCUGCUAGAGAUGUGUCAUCUUUUGCACAAUUUAUACAGUCCUUUAGCAAGGAAGUCAAAACGAAUGAGAAUGUUGAAAAUACGUUACAGUUGGCAAACGCGCUGUGCUCAUUGAGAUCGCUAGAAGAAAUGAAUGACCUCUAUGAAUCAGUUGUAUCCUCAAAACAGCAUCCGUUGGUUGAUGGAACUAACAUUGCAUUUGCGGUGAAGCUUGAACUAUUGGAGCAAAUGCUGAAUAACUUGCAUGACGCAUUGCCGUUCUUAGAUCUGAAGUCUGAAGAUUGCAAGAAGCAUGUCAUGGAGAGGCUUAAUAACUAUCUCUUGUUCAGAAAUCGUUUUCAUUUACCGAAUGCCAGAAAAGAAGAUCUCCUUCAGCUUAUGACUAUCUGGUCAUUUGUGGCACCUGAAGCAAUAGAUAAUUUAUUCAAUGAGUUGGUUGAAACAUUAUAUGCGUCUGGAACUUCGCCGCAGAAGCAUUUGUACGUCAAUGAUGGAUUUGUGCUGCCGUGUGAUCGCUCUCUAGCGAACACGCUGGUUGACUGGAUAAAGACGUUUUACCAACAAGAACACAACCCUGAAAACUUGAUUAAAGUUGAGAAUUUCCAGCAAGUUCUUGGUAAUUUCUACACAGGGAAAGAUAUUAUGACAUUUAUUUAA